CCUUUUUGACUAAGCAAGCUACAAAGAUUACAGACACUCUAGAAAAGCAUCCUUAAAAAUAUUCAGUAGGUUACACAACCCAAACUCGAAAUCCGAAGCAAAUCUUUGCAAGAGAAAUGGACGAGUCAUGGCGAAUGCCGAUGGGAAUGUCCUCGGCAAACCCUUCAAUCCCACGUCGAAAAUCGACUGAACAACACGCUUCUUGCAAGCCUUCCUCCGGUGAGCCCAUGCCACUUGACCCCGAAGACUUCGACGAUGUCUUCGGGGGGCCACCACUUACUGUGCUUUCCCGCCAAUUCUCCCGCGGCGACAUGCAGAGUCUUUCGUACGAGCACAUUUUUCGGAAGCCCGAGAAAUUUGUUUCUCCGACGGGAACCGGGAGGAACUUGCCGGAAUUCAGGAUUCCGGCGCCCGGAGGAGGGAGGAGAGGGGAGGAGUUUUAUGUUGACAUGUUUGGGAAUGAGACGGAGGAGGGGAGGAGGUGUAGGUCGAGGUCGAAGUCGAAAACGACGAAUUCAAAGUCGAAUUCGUCGUCGGUUUUGAGUUCGGAGGAGUUGAGUCCGUUCCAGGCAGUGAUGAGUGAUGAAGAUGCUUCUUUCCCUGUGUUUGCUUCAAAGCUCAGGCCAAUAAAUGUGCCGUCUAGAUGGAAGACAUCAACAGCUAUGCACAAAGUAGUGCAGCAGAAACAGGGAAUGCCCAAUUAUUCCUGCUGUCGUCCUUCAGUCGCUGAAAAUGAACAUAUUGAUGGUUUUAAAAGCAUCGAUUUUGGAUUUUCUAGACGUGUGUCUUCUCCACAGACCUCGAACCUUGGACCUAAUUCAUAUAGUAGCUUCAAAGUAUCAGUCGAUGAUCUGGAGGUCAAUUCCCCUUCAUCUGUCGUAUCUUCCCUUCUUCAAGAACAACAAUACAGGACCAAUAAAAUUCAAGAAGAAGAGGAAGGUGAUGACGAUGAAGUAAUGAGCUCAUACAUUAUUGAGAUAAAUGGCGGUAACAAGGAACAAACAAAUAAAGUAGGAGGUGUUGCCGAAGCAGUUGAAUGGGCGAAGGGGAAAUUUCAGUCACAAAGUUCACUAGAAGAAUGGAGCAGUAGACAACCUGAGAAACCAGUUUUUGCAGAGAUGCCUGAAACCCCUGCUGUGCUUCCGUUCACAGAUGCACAAAUAUAUGGAUACGCAUCAUUGGGCUUACAAGUGAAGGAAAUGGCAUUACUAGAUGAAGAGAUAAGGUUGUGGUCGUCUGGAAAGAAAAGAAACAUUCAAUUGCUGAUCUCAACUUUACACGAAAUAUUGUGGCCAACUAGUGGCUGGUGCCCAGUGCCUCUAGGAAUUCUAAGUGAAAGCUCAAAUUUGAACAAGGCUUAUCAGAAAGCGCGACUGUGUCUGCAUCGGGCCAAACUGCAACAAAGAAGUGCAACUCCUCCGCAAAAGUAUAUUGCAGAGAAGGCACUUUCCAUCCUUCAGGAUGCCUGGGCUACAUAUACUUCCCAAGAUAUUAAAACAACUAGAGGAUAGACUAUUUUGUAAAGCUUGUAGCAGUAUAUUGUCAAUUCGGAUAAGAGUUUGGAUUUAAAGAGUUGUGGAACUCGGUGUGUUUUGUCGAAUUAAAUUCCAGUCUGAACUGCUUAUUAUAUGUUAGUUCUGCAACUGAAAGUUAAAGAUAUGCACAGAAGGAUCAUGCAAGUUUUGUAUCAUAUAUAUACUCAUACAUUGUAGUGUUUAUAUGAAAUACUCUGUAUCA